AUGUUGCACGCCUUACCAUUGGAGAUUCUCUACAUGGUUGCUGAUUUGCUACCAUGGCAUGCCGUUCGAUCGAUGAGUCAGGCUUCCACAGGAUUGCGCGUUGUCUUAAUACCCCGAGUGUACGAAUCGGUUCGGUUUGGCGCGGGCUCUGAAUGGGCUCUGAAUGAUCUCAACAUUGGUGCAUUCUUCAGGAAACAUGGCAACCCACGGACCGCCCAGCUUCUGCAACACGCCAGGCGGGUCGUUAUAGAGGCUCCAAUCCAGAUCGCAAGAUUCCACCGCUGCAUGUACCACACAACACCCCGCCUUGCCCCUGUGUCACACGGCCAGUCAUUCCUGGGAAGUCCACCUGAACCGACUGCCCAUGAAAGCUUCAUGGCAGACCUCUCCGCUCAGUUGGGCCAGAUUUUCGCCCUGUUCAAAACUGACACACUUCACUCAUUCUGCUGGCACCUAGGCACCUGCAUGCCCACGGGCAUACUCGAUUCGAACGGGUAUCUGAUCCAUCAUCAGAGAGAUAUCAAACGGGUUUCGCUGAUGACUGACGGAACGUGCCCGCAUGCAGGACAGGGUUUUGGAGGCUUAUCAACAUUGACAUCAUUAGCGGAGAUAAUGUGGGAGGGCAUUCGGCAUCGCUGGGAGAUCGAGAUCCUGCGAGAAUGCCUGCGACAGAACCAGAGCCAUCUGCGCAAACUGCAAAUUGGGUGCCUGCUGUCUGGUGCGGAUCACCACCUGACUGUUCCCGAGCUCACUCAGCCCUGGCUAGAACUCUCCCAUCAACCAUACCCACCCAAUCCGUUUUCAUCGCUAUCUUCGCUAUCCCUCUCGAACGUGCAUUUCCCGAGCGAGCUAUCAGCGUCCACGCGAAGUCUCUCAUUUCAGUCGCUGCAGGAGCUGCGCCUGCUUCAAUGUGGCAAUCAGCUGCACUUUCUGUGGCUACUGGCGCAGAUGGGGAGCCCUCCGCCGUUAAAGUGGCUCGAGAUCAACAGCGACCUAUUCCACGAAUCAGAUAACCGACUCGUCUAUAUAGCCAUCGUGGAACUUUUACUCUCCUUCCGUGGUCUGCAGCACCUGCACAUCAAGCUGGCCAACUUCCCUCGGUUUCUUCCAGGGUUUCAAGAAGCCAUCCUCCACCACCGAUCGUCCUUGAGGUCCUUGAGCUUCCAUGAGCGUCAGCUAAUUGCGGUGGACGAGGAGGGACUCUUCGAGGACAUUCGUGAUGUCUCCCCACGGUGGACCCGUGACAUUCCCCAGGUCCUCCAGCACUGCUCAUUGACCGCGUUAGGUUUAUGUCUGACCCCGCUCAUUGCGCAUAAUCUCUUCGUCCAUGUCGCAGAGCGCUCGUCAAUACAACUGCUCCACGUCCGAUUCAGUGGAGAAGAGAGAGCCCAUCGCAAUAUCCGGCGUGAAAUCAUGUCUGAAUUACACAGGGCAGGGGGCCAAAGUCACUCUACCAGCCGGCAUAAUCGCCACACCUCCGCUCGAUAUCGGAUCUUUUCGCCUUUUACCUGGACUGCAACCGAGCAGCGACAUGUCCGGUCGGGCCCGGUUAAUGUGGAAGCUCGGGAGUUUGUUUCGUUUUCUCAGUGGGCGUUCAGUCCAACCGGAUUACCCUCCCUGCAAAUCCUGGCCUUCGGGGACUUUUCUCAUCAGGGUCGGUAUCGUCAGCAACAGUUCCUAGUUCGCCGGAAGAAUGGGGAGAGGGAUCGGCCAGCAAGGCGGCUAUGCUGUUGCAAGCAUGACUGUUCGGAUGGCUGGACGUUCGAAGAAGCCAGUAUGGACGAUUCUUCUCUUUGGGAUGGGCUUCCACUGGAUGGACCCCGGUUCCUUUCCACGUGCCCGACGGGUGAAAUGCUGGAGUCUCCCGAUUAA